ACUUGGGUACACGAAGUUCAAAUAUUUAUGUUCGCUCUAAGUUCUAAAGUAUUUGAAAUGUUUUAAUUCGAUUAAUAAAGAUUGGUAUGUAAUUUAGAAACAGUAUAAAUUUUAUAAAUAUGGCAGUCUGUGUCGCUGUAAUAGGUAAAGAUAAUUCUCCAAAAUACAUUCGAUGUGCCGAUGAAUCAAUGGCAUUGCAAUUUCAUCGUAAGGUCCAUACAUCGAUAGACAUAAUAGAAGAAAAGCUUAAUGAUGGAAAUAAAACAGCAAUUGACAUACGGGAUUUGUAUUUAGGAUUAUUAAGUACCACAGAAGAAUAUAAAAUAUAUGGCUAUGCAACAAAUACGAAAAUUAAGUUUAUUGUUGUAUUACAGUCAUCAAACACGUCAAUACGCGAUAAUGAUGUGAAAAUGAUUUUUAAGAAAUUACAUGCUGCAUAUUUUAAUUCCGUAUGUAAUCCAUUUUACAUUCCAGAUGAUGAAAUUAAUUCUAAGUCAUUUGAUUUAUCAAUAAUGGAAAUAAUGGGUAUCAUAUAGUUUAUGUGAGAAUGGCUUUAUAAUACAGAAAGUAAGAGGACGUCUAAGCAAUGUUAAAAAAUAUGUAAAUAAUAAAUAGUGUAAACUAAGAAGCAAAUUAUUCUUUUUAUUUAUACAUGAAAAUUU